GCAGGACCGGUGACCCGCGUCCGCGCGACUACCUUCGGCCGAGAUCGGUGUCGCCGUGACGUCAGCGAUUCCCCCUCGCAAAACCGGAGGAGAAAUUCCGCCGACGAUCGCCUCGAGGAGAAACAACGCCCGAAGACGCAAGACCGUCAGAAACGGGAGGAACCGGGAGAGGACCUGGAAAAAUGCGGCAUCCCGAACAACGGAUUGAAGAUCGAAUCAUGACGGGCGAUGACAACAUGAGCGAUGACGUCUUCGAGGUGGACGCGAGUCCUCCCCGUGAGCCGAUCUUCUCCGGGGGUCUGACGCCGGCAUCCGCGGACCAAUUACCGAGGCCGGCGCCAUCCCCGACAGGCUACAGGGACUACAAGCCGCCGGCCGAGCUGCUGACGGAGGUCUCCGACUUCGCCAAGCGCAACGCGGACUUUCAAAAGGAGGAUGGCUUCGUUCACAAGACGAUCCUGCUCGGCGACAGUGGAGUCGGGAAGACGUCGUUGUUGGUGCAGUUCGACACUGGCAAAUUCCAGCAGGGAAACUUCGCCGCCACCGUUGGGAUCGGCUUCACGAAUAAGGUCAUCGUGGUGGACGACGCCAAGAUCAAACUCCAAAUUUGGGACACCGCGGGACAGGAGCGAUUUCGAAGCGUCACUCAUGCUUACUACAGAGGCGCCCAUGCUCUCCUUUUGCUCUACGACGUGACGAACAAGACCAGCUUCGAUAACAUCAGGGCUUGGCUCGGCGAGAUCCGGGAAUACGCACACGAGGACGUCGUCAUCAUUCUCCUGGGCAACAAGUGCGACUGCGGCUCCGAAAGGGCCGUCAAGAGGGAAGAUGGCGAGCGACUGGCGCGCGAAUACAGCGUCCCUUUCAUGGAAACCUCAGCCAAGACCGGACUAAACGUCGAAUUGGCUUUCACCGCGGUCGCGAGGGAACUAAUGGCGAGGAAGAGCGGCAACGUAGACGAGGCACGGUUUAACGUACAGGACUACGUCCGCCAGCAAUCCCAACGCAAUUCCUGCUUCGGUACUACCUGCCUUCCCACCUGAGCUGCAUGCCAUCCACCGAAACUGGGAAAACUUAUCUUAAGUACGCCGAGUUCCGAAAUCCUGCCGGCGAAGUUCCACCCUUCGGAACGACGACUUUGCGACACUCUUGCCGUUUGGAUUUCCGUUCGCUUCAAACUUGAACCGAUCAAACUUUCGACCGUUAAUUUACGCCGUCACUGUGAUAAGAGGAGCUCUGCACGGAAACGACGUCAAAAUUACCUGUCUUUUCGUGUCUGUGUACAAUUCACGGAUUCGGUUUCAUCGUCGAUCGUAACGAUUUUUUUUCGAACGAGUCGCAGCCGGGGAAAUUUUAUUAAAGUUUUAUAGAGAUAUAUCGACGGAUCUGGUGCGGUGUAUAUUAAUGUUAAUAUAUGCAAGCGAUACGACCCCUCGUGUAUAACGUGAAGUGAGGCGUCGGUCUCGUUAGGCAUCGCGCAUGCGGAAAUUAAAAUGUACAAUCCGGCAUUGAAGUGGAUUUAGAUACGACGAUAGGAAACGUGCGAUCAAUUCCGGCCCGAUUUCCAAUAUUGCGUUAAUCUCUCAUUUAUUUAUAUUAGUUUUUUUAUUGAUUAUCCGAUAGUAAAAAUUAAUGCAGCGUUACCUGGUUACGUUCAAGGGAACAAUGUUGGAGUUGGUUAAUACAAAUUUUACAAACCGUGAACGAGAAGUCACCGAUUAUCAGGAUUAUACGAACCGAUCCAAAAAUGCUAUUUACACUGUAGAAUGACGCAAGUACCGAGGAAUUAAAAUUGCGCCGCUCUUCGGCACAUGUACAACGCACGUUAUGAGACAUGGCGACAAUUUGCACAAAUUUUGAAUCCGUUAUACUUUUUUAUCACGCCGUUAGUUUAGACACUUUUGUCGAUCGAUUUGUAUACAGUUAAUCGCGAGAUGAUUUUUCACCCGUCGACGUCGCAAAACUUUUAUACGUUUCAUUGACUUUGAAUACGAGGCCACUCGCGCGGAUAGCGUAAGACUGUAUCUCUACAUGAAUAUAGACAUAACCUCGUAUCAA